CGACCACACGUCGCGAUCAUCGACAAUCGAGAUAACACACGUGCGCGCAACCCUAUUCGUUCUAAUUUCGAAGUAACCAAAAUAGAACAGUGCAGUGCUCGCGGAUUUUAAUCGACUAUUUUGUUUCAAGAUAACAAAUAUAAAAUCAUUGGGACGAGCAAGUGCAGUGCGGUGACACAAAGGAUUAUGUUCAGUGCCAAAACUAUUCUUGUGGCCAAAAACAGAAGGUGACAAUCGUGCUGUUCAUGUCAGUUUAGUGUUGUGAACAAUGAUAAUUUGGCGAACGAAGAACCCUAGUCGUCGGAAAAUAAGUGGCUGGUCCAAAAUGGCAUCAGAUGUUGCGUCUCAUAUACCGAGGACGACAUUUGUUUGGUUAAUAUUCACAUUGGUUAAUACACGGGUACGGGCGGGCGAGCUAUGGCCCGUCGACAGGCCAGACGGCAUGCCAGUCAUACAGUCGCUAGAAGUAAUGUGCGGGAAGGAUCAUAUGGAUGUACACCUCACGUUCUCACAUCCUUUUGAAGGAAUCGUUUCGUCUAAAGGUCAGCACGGUGAUCCUCGCUGUGUGUACGUGCCGCCAUCUACAGGACAAACAUACUUCUCUUUUAGAAUCGCAUACGCUAAGUGCGGAACAAAACCAGAUCUCCACGGCCAGUUCUACGAGAACACAGUAGUAGUGCAAUACGACAAGGAUCUCCUGGAGGUGUGGGACGAAGCCAAAAGGUUACGUUGCGAGUGGUUCAACGACUACGAGAAGACCGCCUCCAAACCGCCCAUGGUCAUCGCCGAUUUGGAUGUUGUGCAGCUUGACUUUAGAGGAGACAACGUGGAUUGCUGGAUGGAGAUCCAAGCCGGAAAAGGCCCGUGGGCACCGCCGGUCUCCGGCAUCGUACCUCUGGGGUCCACGCUGACGCUUGUGGUCGCCAUCAACGACUACCGAGGUGAAUUUGAUAUGCGAGUGAAGUCAUGUGCGGCGUCUGAUGGUUCCGGGCACAUUAUACAGCUUUCAGAUGAAUACGGCUGCGUUCUGCGUCCGAAGAUGAUAUCCAGAUUUUUAAAAGCAAAAGCAGCAGAUGAGCGAGCGACGGUGAUCACAUACGCCUUCUUCCACGCCUUCAAGUUCCCAGACGCCCUGAGCGUGCAUAUUCGGUGCAAAGUGGAGAUCUGCAGGCACGGUUGCUUGGACCAUUGUCAGCUCGCCGGCGUGGCUCCGCAGAGACACGGGGCUUUGGACAGAAAGGAUGAUCGGACUCAUCGAGACCACAAUGAAAUCAACGAUUCAUCAGCCGAAGAAGUAGCAGAAUCCAGCAUCAUCGAAGAAACCCGUCUACCACUGGAGGAAGCGUUCGGUGACGAGGUGUCAGGCGACGCGGUGCCAGCGCCCGCGCCGCUGCCGCAGCGCGCACCCGCGCCUGUAGUCGAGGAGUCGGACCACAUGUCGGCUGUUGAAGAGCUGGUGGAGGCUCUGGCUAGACCAUUCACUGACCGUCCCAGCGACCUCGACGAGCGCGAGCGUUUCCCGCACGGCCCGCGUACCUUCGGGUCCGACAAGCCGGUCUCGGACGCCGUGGUCCCGGCCAAGCCGCCCGGGCCCGCCGUGGCCGGCCCGCGCUCUCUCCGCAAGCGGAGAACAGUUCGAGAGGGAAGGUCGGCAGAUGUUGGCGUUUCGGGCAUCUAUGAGGUCGUCUCGGAGGCGGAUUUGGCGUUUGGUCCGACGAGAGAACCGGUCACCGUGUUUAGCGGCAGGAUUAGAGAAGAAGUGGUGUACGGCGUCUGCAUGGGCGCAGUGAGCUUCGGCGCGCUGUUCGCGUCGGCGGCGGGCGCGGCGGCGGGCGCGGCGCUGGCGGCGGCCGUGCUGCUGCAGCGCCUGCGCGCGCGCACCGCCGCCGCCCCGCCGCCGCACCCCGCGCCCGCUUCCCACUCCCUCGCCGCCUGGAUGGCGCUGCGGCUGCUCGGGGAACAACACCCGCAUCGCUCGCGUGACGGCUGA